AUGUCAAUCUCGACUCUACGACGGCAAGUCAAAAACGUGGCCUACAACUUUACCGAUGCGCAAGUCAAAGUUCGGGAAGCUACGAGGUUUGUUUAUAAAUUAAGCUUGUAUUUGUUAAGCUAGUGUAAUAUUUAAAUUGUAAUUCUUCAGUAACGAUCCUUGGGGGCCAACCACGGCGUUGAUGUCUGAGAUUGCCGAUUUAACACAUAAUCCGAUGAGUUUUACGGAGAUAAUGUCCAUGAUCUGGAAGCGGUUGAACGACCAUGGAAAGAAUUGGCGUCAUGUAUAUAAGAGCUUGGUCCUCUUGGACUAUCUGGUUAAAUGUGGGAGUGAUAAGGUGGCCCAACAGUGUAAAGAAAACAUAUACAGCAUUGAGACUUUGAAGGACUUCCAACAUAUCGAGGAGAAUAGGGAUCAGGGCUUGAAUGUCCGGGAAAAGGCGAAACAAAUGAUGGCCUUAUUGAACGACGAGGAACGCCUCAAGAAUGAACGGGCACGGUUUCAGAUGACCAGGAAGAGAUUUGCUCAGACUGGAUCGGGUAUAGCGUCGGAUGGGACGGUACGGGGAGGAAGAAGGCAUGACACGGGUGCUGUUGUUGGUAAGAUUGCCGUUAUUUUUAUUUAUUCCUCUUUAGACUCGGAGUUGGAAGAGGCCAGGCCCUCAAGCAUCGGUGAAGAAGAGAUGCAACUCCAGAUCGCGUUGGCCUUAUCACGAGAAGAGUGUGAGAAGGAAGAGGAACUCCGGAAAGGAGAUGCUAUCCGACUUCAGAUGGCCCUCGAAGAGAGUAAGAAGAAGAAAGAACUCGAAGCGAAGAACCCCGAGAGUGCUUUGGAUGAUCUGUUGUCACUCAAUCUUGGUGAUUCUGCAGCUCCAGGACCAAGCGGAUUGGGGACUUCAGGGAUCAAUGAUCCAUGGGCUCCCGUCGUUUCAUCGGCGCAUGUGGCCAAUUCGGAUCCAUGGUCUCCCGUGAAUAAAACUGCUGUUGAUCCCUGUGAGUUUUCACGCCGAAUGGCUCUGUAUACAAUGUUGCGCUUGCUGUAAUUAAACUUUUUAUGCUUUAGUGGAGGCUUUGCUCGGCAGCGCCACUACCGCCGCUCCAGUUCAAAAUGAUCCAUGGAAUCCUGUUCAGUCUACCCCAGCUCCCGUUCUUGUCGCCCCAGUGCCAUCGGCUCAAAGUAACGGAGACCCUUGGGCUGCUUUCGAGGCACAAACGACUCCUGUGGCCGUGGCUACCCCCACCUCCACUCCUACUCCUAUAUCUCAAAACCGAUUGAAUUCGAAGACUCCGGAAAGUUUUUUGGGCGAGAACUCAUCAUUGGUCAAUUUGGACAAUCUGAUGGGACCAUCAACCGCUCAGGCAAAGCCAGGUAAGGAUUAUAGUUGUAUGCAUCUAUGGAGUUGAAAGGCCAGACAAAAACAUCCAAUUUAGCGAGCAAUCCAUUCGUAUCGGCUCUCCAGACCUCCACCACGCCAACGAAUGCGACUAAUCCGUUCAGCGCUCAACAGAAACCUUCUCCUUCCUUAAACGAAAUGAUGAAUUCUCAAAGGACUGGUGGAUCCAAUAGCAGUGCUACUCCUAAUCCUGUUACCAAUCCGUUUGCUUUGUAA